GAGGCAACAUGCACGGAGGAUGCUGGGACCAUAUUGUCCGAGGAGGAGGAUGCACCAUCCGCCAAAUAUUCUAAUAGCGAUACACUCAUGUAAACGUGAAGCGUCUGAGAUGCGGCGUCGUUGAACGGUUUGAUAUUUCCAGCGUAGACCAUUUAUAAAUGUGUGUCGCUGUGUGUUAAAUAGGAUUAUUUGGCAGUGCAUAUCCUGUAUAGCCAAACGUACAGUGACUGCAAACACAAAAUGGGCUGGAUGUGCAUUAUUGGAGUGGAGUGAACCCGUUUUAUCGGCUUUAAUUGGGGCUUGGUUCGAGGACUGGACUGAAUCGUCUCGUCUGGUUUCAUUCACUGGUAUUGGAUGGGAAGAGCUACGGAUGGACGUUAAAUAAAGGCUUAAAUAUUUCCUUCGAGCUCUCCAAACAAAUUUCACUGCACCGACUGACACCCGUUCUCUCUGUCCGCGCGCCCGGCGGGAUGCGGCUGCGCGUCGAGGAGCUCUCCAAGCUGUUGUGGUGCUGACGCGGCUCUGAGCGAACGCGACGCGAGCAUGGCUGCGGGGAAGUUGCUGCUCUACGCCGGUCUGUCUCUGUCCCUCUGCGCGCUCGGGAUGCUGGCCGUGGCUAUCUGCUCCGACCACUGGUACGAGACGGACGCCCGGAGGUACCGAGAGCGGUGCCGAAGUUUCUCCAGCCGCCGGAAGGACCCGGGCUUUAUUUACAUCCCCAACAAUAGCCUCCCUCUGCGGGCGAGCCGCUCGCGCCUGGACCGCUGGGAGGAAAAGAUGCUGCUGGCGCGGAACAGACGGCAGCUGUUCGCCAUGAGCGCCGCCGAUGAGUGCAGCAGGCAGUAUAACUCCACCAACAUGGGGCUGUGGAGCAAAUGCCAUCGGCUUGGAUUUGAUCAAGAUAUCGAGGACCUCAUUCGAAAAGGGUCUAUUGCAAGAUGCUCUUAUAUCAAGUACCACUACUCCUCGGCCACAAUACCCAAGAAUCUCUCUUACAACAUCACCAAGACCAUUCGUCAGGAUGAGUGGCACUCUCUGCAUCUGCGGAGGAUGACGGCAGGAUUUAUGGGAAUGGCGGUGGCCAUCAUCCUCUUCGGCUGGAUCAUUGGGAUGCUGGGAUGUUGCUGGGACCGUGGCCUCAUGCAGUAUGUGGCAGGUCUGCUCUUUCUCAUGGGCGGUACAUUUUGCAUCAUUUCCUUGUGCACCUGUGUAGCAGGCAUCAACUUCGAGCUGUCCCGUUACCCUCGCUACAUAUACGGCCUCCCAGACGACAUCAGUCACGGUUACGGCUGGUCAAUGUUCUGCGCCUGGGGCGGUUUGGGCCUGUCCCUCAUUGCCGGCUUCUUCUGCACGCUGGCGCCCUCAGUACAGCCGAUCCCUCGCUCCACGUGCCCCAAAUCCCGCCAAGAAAACGGCACCGUGUGUUAAGGGACGGCCUCUGAAAACCCCCAAGCCUAUGUGUGCAGCUGGACAAUGGGGGACAAAACACAUUAAAAAAAGACCAUAACUGAAGAUUAAAAUAGUGUUAAUUUAGAAUAAUUUCUAAUCUCGCCAACCAGGCCAUUUUUUAACCACGUGUGUGAAUCUACAACUGAGUGUCCUGAUUGUUUAAAAGAAAACAAAGACAAAAAAACGAAAAAAAAAAAAAAAAUUUUUUAAAUAUCACGGAUAAUUGUAAAGAUAAUAUCGACGGGACUUUCCGUCGUCAAGAUCCUACACAGGAAAACAGUCAUCCUUUCAAAGUUGUGACUUUGGUGAGCACAAGAAAAAGGUGACGAAUAAAGCAAAAAACAGACAGUAUUGCUCAUUCUGAUGCUGCAAGGAUGGAUAUUGACAUGUCUGUUGGACUGCCGUCUAAAAACUGCCAAACCUGGAGACUAUGGUAUUUGUAUCUGGACAAGUAUGGAGGUCCAGUGCCAAUGUUUAAAGCCCAGGAGUUCGGACAAUUCAAGAGCACCGAGACCAUGAGGCUUUCACAACUUUGAUGCGAUUUGGAUCUGUUGUGGCUAAAUCCGCCGAUUUGUCUCGGACCCUGGAGACUAUUGCAAUGCCUCUUGAGAUGCGGCUAAAGUAUCCACUUGUGCAUAAACCAGGAAGAUUUCAGGAAUUGGAGAUGCCUGCUCGUGACGUUAUGUUGCUAUUGCUGUACAGCAAAUUGUAAAGAGAAAAAUAAUACCUAUAAUAUUCCAGAAGAGAAAACAAACAAAUCCUAACGGGGAGGACAUUUUUUGAGCAUUUUCCAUGUUUCAUUUCUUAUUCAUGUCCAAAUGGUAUCAACGGACAUUUCUAACAUGCUUUCGAUUUUAUUAUGUGCUUCUUUCUUUGUUUUUUAGUAAUUACAGUCAUCAUGAGUGUGAAUGAGUGUGUAGGAAGUGUGCAAAUUCUUUAGCUACUAUCAAUAUAGUAUGUGUGUGAGAGAGUUUUGUGGCCUCCAUAUGGAAAAAAAAGGAAACAUAAAAAGAAUAAUGAUGCAUAAAAUCAAAAACCUGCCUUGGGGGAAAUCAGGUAGGCUUUUGUUGAACCAAGAAUUACUGGAAAGGAAAGAUGCCAUAUCCUGUUUUAGACAGCGAACACUUAGUCCCUGUAGACACGGCUGACGUAGACAGAAAGACAACUCAACAUCACACUGUUACUGCCUUAAGCUUGUCUGGAAGGAGGCAUUUAUGCCAUUUGAUGGGAACGCAUGCCGACUUCUCUUCUGAAAGCAUCUAUGGGCUGAUAAAAGAAAUCCUCAUUUGAAUCCAACUUCCUGCCCUGUUUAACCAUGCGUCUCUUUACUUAAAGGGAACUCCCAAAACAGGAUGUGGUAUGUAAGUGCCUGGUGAUUACAUGAGACAGCAGCGGUGCACAAAAGAGGUACAUCUGUGGAAUCAUGACCUCGAAAUGGAGGAUGGGCGGCAAGCACAAGCUUAAUACAAUCUCUAAGCCGACAUGCAAUUGGUUCCCUCAAGCUGUUUUCAUAAUUUCUCUUCUCACGCAUUCAUUUCGCAAUCUGAAACUUUUUGUUAUCCAUUUCACAUGCUAUAAAUGCAUUUAAAAAAAUCACUUGAGCAGCCAUAAAACAGCGUGCUAUGAAGGGACACACGCGUCAAGGGUCACUGGCGAAUCAGCACACUCAUUCAUCCAUGCCAAAAACCUACACUAGGAGAUUUAGCUUUGCAGCAAGACCAUGUUUACAGAUUUCUAGAAGGGAGAUUUGCCAAAAAAAUUAAAAAUAAAGGAAAAUACCUGCCAGGUUUCUUUCAUAGACUUUCUCGGUUCCACACAUUAGCAUGAUGGCCAGCGGCUCAACUAGUGGUUAGCCUGGUGUCCAAUCAAGUCUGUCAGGUUACUGCUGUACAAAGAAUGGGCGCUUACAUAUUUAAAGACUAUGAAAUAUUCAUGUUUGACAUUGAAGCCGUAUACAGUAUAUACACUAGUGUACUCCUAAACAUGGACAAAACCAACAUUUAGCAGAUUUAAGGGAUCAUUGAAAGAUUCGCAGAUCAGGGAAUUGUGAUUUCCAGCUGUGGAAGUCAUGAAAUAAAUCAAACAUCAUGAAAUGUCAAAAAAUUCUAUAGUGGAUGUAUAGUAAGGCUCUGCUCAAAAAAAUUUCAUUGCCUAUAAAUUGCUAUUCAUGAAUGCAUUCCUUUUUAUUUUAUUUUAUUUUUUUAAUCCUUAAGUCACAAAGGACCAAAAAAAAAUCUAAUUUGUCAAAAGCCAUGGGAAAACCCAUUAAAAAAGCUCUCCUCUCCUCUCCUCUCCUCUCCUCGUAGAUGUUGAUUAAAGGGAUAACUCGCCCAAAAAUGAAAAUUCUGAAAGAAAUGGCGUAAAAAAAAUGGAAAUCAAUGGCUACCAGCAAUUGUUUGGUAACCUACAUCCUUUCAAAAUGUCUUCUUUGUGUUCAACAGAAGAAAAACUCAUACAGGUUUGUUUUUGGGUGAACUAUCCCUUUAACUGUUUCAGGGGCGUUUCAUUUUACUUGAAGCUAAACAACCUAAAUCAUAAAUAUCACCUGCUUCCAAAUAUCCAUAGCAAGAAACAAAGCAUCAUUGGUUGCGCUGAUGCUCAUACUUUAAGUUCUUUAACAACCAUUAAUUGGUUGCAGCUGACGUUCAUUUUUCAUUUUGAGAGUUUUCAUUGCGUUCAUUUAUAAAACAAGCUGCCAAGUGACGUUUUGCAGAGCCGUGACAAACUAAAGGCUGUUUCUAAAGGCCAUUUCAAAAUGAUCCAUCCCAACACUACUUCCAAAACCAUUUCAUGGGAUCUUUCACCAUAAACACAGCCAACAGUUC